AUGGCCUCGACAACCUCACCACCCGAAAUGGCCAGAGUGCAGCUGCCGCCCAGUCCUCCACCGUCACCACAAGUGACGAGACGCAGACCUGAGAGGAAGAAGAAGAAGGCUGAUCCCUUUGAAGAACUGGCCUUGACACCCCUGCCAUCUCGACCCUCAACAGCGGAAAACUUACCUGGGCAAGAGGACGAGUCCAUGCUUGCCACCAUCAUACUCACACCAAUCCUCUUCGUCUCCUUCGUCGUCUCGCUCUUCUGGGUAAAUCGUCGCAACCGAGCACGACGUAGUCAAGCACAUACAACGCAUUCGUCUCUUCUUUCUUCCCUGGCACCGUCCACCUGGCUUGAUCCAGAACCAUAUCAAGAUCCUACCGACUCGACAUGGGGGCAAAGAGGAGACGCACCGGGGCAUCCUGAGUCAUAUGAUGCGUUAAGCCAGCCGAAAGGGGCAGGCGGGCAGAGUCAGGAGAACAACAAUAAUAACACCAAAAAGAAGAAGAAGAAGUCGUGGCAUCUCAACAAAAAGAUUAGGAAGGUGGCUAAGCUGGAGGUCAGCGAUGCAUUCGAGAUGCGCGGGCGUGUCAUGGCGAUGGUCCUAUUCCUCAUGCUACUUGUCGCUGUGGCCAUCUGGACGGUUUUGAAGUGGAUUGUCUUGUCCAUGUCGAAUAUGAUAGCCGCUGUCAGAUCAUGA